GACGACGCCUCCACCACCACGACCCACGCCCACACAAACCCCCAUCCAUCCCCCUCUGUCGCGAGCAUCACAGGCACCAUGUCUUCCAACGAGCUCGCCCCAAGCUUCGCGCCUUUCUUUGGCAUGAGCGGAAUCGCGUUUGCAAUGAUCUUUGGAUGCGCCGGAGCUGCCUAUGGCACCGCCAAAGCUGGCAUCGGCAUUGCUGGCAUCGGAACAUACAGGCCAGACCUGAUCAUGAAGUCGCUCAUCCCCAUUGUCAUGUCGGGUAUCUUGGCCGUCUACUCACUCGUCAUAUCCGUCCUCAUCGCCAGCGACAUCAAGCCCCCGCCCAACAACACGUACUCGCUGUAUGCUGGAUUCAUGCACAUGGCUGCCGGAUUGUCAGUUGGUCUGUCGGGUCUGGCUGCCGGAUACGCCAUCGGAAUUGUGGGCGACGCUGGCGUGCGCUCCUUUAUGAGCCAAUCGCGAAUCUUUGUCGGCAUGGUGCUCAUUCUCAUUUUCGCAGAAGUCUUGGGUCUUUACGGACUGAUUGUUGCCCUCAUUCUCAAUACACGGGCAAGUGGCUGAGCGGACAAGGAAAGGAUUAUUUGUAUUGUACGACUACAUGGUGUAGAAAUACUCGAUUGAGCCUGCAACACAUUGGCGUUUGGGGUCGGGAACUGGCGCAGGUCAAGAGUCGGUGCAGGCCACACAGGCACUUUUAAGGCGAUUUACGCGGCCUGGGCAAGAAAGAGAGCUUUUGGUCAGAGUUAUAUAUAGGCAUUUGUGCAUGGCGGCAGUUGGGGCGGGUAGAGCCCUGCAUGUGAAGUAGCGGUAUCAAUUUGAAGGCCGGCAAGCACGCCGAGAGCAGCGUCAGGCGCGGAGUUUGUCGAGUUUAGUGUAAAUGCGACGAGCCGUUAUUUGCAGCG